AUGACCUGAAGAAGAAUGGCCUCAGACAAUGACUCCACUGUGAAGGAGUUUAUCCUGCUGGGCUUAACACAGCAGCCAGAGCUCCAGCUGCCUCUCUUCUUCCUCUUCCUGGGAGUCUAUGUGGUCUCUAUGCUGGGGAACCUGGGCUUGAUUGUCCUGAUUGUUUUGAAUCCUCACUUGCACACUCCUAUGUACUACUUUCUCUUCAACCUUUCCUUCAUCGAUCUCUGCUAUUCCUCUGUCAUAACCCCCAAAAUGCUGAUGAGCUUUGUGACACAGAACCUCAUCUCACAUGCUGAGUGCAUGACUCAGCUCUUUUUCUUUGCCUUCUUUGUUAUUAAUGAAUGUUGUAUUUUGACAGCAAUGGCCUACGACCGCUAUGUAGCCAUCUGUAAACCUCUGCUUUACAAGGUUAUUAUGUCCCCUCAAGUCUGUCUCUUGAUGACAGUGAGUGUGUAUGCAAUGGGGUUUGUGGGUGCAUUGGCACACACUAUUUGCAUGCUGAGACUCACCUUCUGUGAUGGCAACAUCAUCAAUCACUAUAUGUGUGACAUACCGCCUCUCCUGAAGCUCUCCUGCACAAGCACCUCCAUCAACGAGCUGGUGGUUUUCAUUGUUGUGGGUGUGAAUGUGAUAGGGCCCAGUUUGGUCAUCUUCACUUCUUAUACUUUGAUCAUCUCUAGUAUUUCCCAGAUUCGUUCAACAGAGAGCAGGUCCAAGGCCUUCAGUACCUGUACCUCUCACUUAAUAGCAGUUUCUAUUUUCUUUGGAGCCUCAGCAUUCAUGUAUCUUAAGCCUUCUCCUACUGGAUCUAUGGAUGAAGAUAAAGUGUCCACUGUUUUUUACACCAUUGUGGGACCAAUGUUGAAUCCCUUCAUCUACAGUUUGAGGAAUAAGGAUGUCCACAUUGCACUGAGUAAGACUUUGAAGAAAAGGGUGCUUACCUAA